AUUCCAACCGAUAAGACUUUUGCCUGGAAAUCCAGCCCCUGCCCCAGUCCGCCACUGGCCUCCUUCUAAAGAGAGACUGUAGCUUCUGGGGAGCUCUGCAGAAGACCGAGGCACGGUUGAGAUGGGGGGCUUUUCCUUCUGGCCACUGCUCCUCUGGGGGGGCGUCUUCUUCUCUCUAUGCGGGGCCCGGCCCAGAGGCCGCAUUCUGCGGGGACAGGAGACACCCCCCCACCAAAGACCUUACAUGGUAUCACUGCAGGUGGGAGGGAAGCACCUCUGCGGGGGGGCCCUCAUCGCCGACCAGUGGGUGCUGAGCGCCGCUCAUUGCUUGGAGGAAGUGGGCAACGAGACAUUACAGGUCCUUGUGGGAGCCCAUUCCCUCUCAGAGGCGGAACCAAACAAACGCCUGGUGGGAGUCCGGGCUCUCUUUCCCCACCCAAACAGCAGCGUGGAGAACAAUCAUGAUGACCUCUUGCUUGUCCAGCUUGAAGAGAGAGUGGCAACCAACCCACAUGUGCAGGCCCUGGCUUUUCAGAGGAACGACAGAGAUGUGCCAGCGGGAACCCAGUGCGAGGUGGCUGGUUGGGGUAUCAUCAGCAACACCGGCAAACUUCCAGAUAAAUUGCAGUACGUAGAGUUGGCCGUCAUCAGCCGGACCAUCUGCAAUACACGAAUCCACUAUGAUGGAGCCAUUACAGAGAAACUGAUGUGCACCGAAUCCAAGAAGAAAGAUUCCUGCAAGGGGGACUCUGGCGGACCCCUGGUUUGCAACGGAGUCGCUGAAGGCGUGGUGGCCACAGGCUCCCGCGUAUGUGGCAACUGGAAAAAGCCUGGUAUUUACACCCGGAUUCCACCGUACGCCGCCUGGAUCACCAGCAUCUGGGAUGCCGCUCGGCCUCAGCCCACUGAUGGGCCACAGGCAGAAGCAGUAGCUUAAGAAGGGGCAGGGGGGGGGUCACUUGGGCACAGCACCCCAGGAAGCAAAAGGCACAGGUGAAUUUGCUAUCCUCUCUAGCAUCAACAGGGAAGGGGGGCGCUUCCUUCCAUCCCCUUCAUUGGGCUUCGCAGCAUUGUAUUUUUAUGGCAAACCAGCCUCCAAUUCCAGGCAGCCUUUGGGAGUGGAAGCCCCCCACAUGCCCCACAGAAAAAAUAAUCAGCCUGUAAAUAAAAGUGGAAACACACGUAGGACUUGUCUCUGGUGGCGAUCUGAACAAGGAGUCGAGGGGCACAGCCAGCCUGGAAGCAGGAAAGAUCACCCACACCACCCUCAAUUAUCCUCUUAGAGCCACCGGUCCUUUAUGCAUGUCCAGAAGCAAGUUUAAGGGCAAAGUUGGUUAAGUUGCAUAUCAACACUCUGCCGGUUCGAAUACCACGACUGCCAUGAACUCAGCAGGUGGCCUUGGGGGAGCCACUCGUCUCAGCCCCUGCUCCUCAGCUGCGUUGUAGGGAUAAUAACAACACGGAUUUCAUUCACUGCUUUGAGUGGGGCACUCAUCUGUCUAGAAGAGCUGUAUAUAAGGUCAGUUAUUAGAGUUGGAGAGUGCCCUCUAGUGCCAUUGCCUGCCUCUGCAACUCUGAUCUUCACGGGAGGUCUCCCAUCCAAUUACUCACCAAGACUGGCCCUGCUUAGCUUCUAAGAGCUGAUGAGCUCAGGCUCACUUGGGCUAUCCGGCUCAGGGCAUUAUUAGGGUUAGGAAGAGGAAAAUAGGAUCGAUAGGUUUAAAUCUUGGCAAAGCCCUUUGAGUCUCCUGCUGUGUUGUGGAGACUUGCGUGAAGCCUUUCACCAGUUCUUUUUGGGUGUGUGUCCAUGUGUCCGUUAAAACCCCUCCUCAGCAAGAUUGCGUUGGGGUUUGACAGUAUGUGGCCUGUCAUUUCUAACAGUUCUUGUUCCAUAAAUGCAGCUGGAAAAGCCCAAAAACAUAGUUUGCAGGAUUCCCCCAGUGACUUGGGUGCGGCCAGAGCCAGUGACUUUUUCUUUCUUUUGGUUUUGAAGCAAAAUUUCUAUGAACUGGAUUUUUGCCGCCCAACAGUGAGGCCCCCCCACUUCCCAUCUCUGGUGCAGUUCAAUGAGUCUGAUACUACUGGCGAGAGAUCGAGGCAAAGGGUUGCAAGUGCCCCCCCCCCUUGACAAGAAGGCUACACUUAGGAGGUUCAACAGAUUUUUCUACUUCUCUGGGGACUUUUGUGACUUACAUCAGAGACAGGGUUGCCAAUCUCCAGCAGGGGCCUGGAGUUCUCCUGGAAUUACAGCUGACCUCUGAGAUCAGUUCCCCAGGAGGAAAAAGCAGCUUUGCAGGGGAAAAUCUACGGUAUGCUAUAGAGUCUAGUUGAAAUCUGUUCCCAGAUUCCUGAGUCCACAGGCACUGCCUCCAAAUCUCCAGGAAUUUCCGAGGCAACCCUAAACAACAAGAUCCAGGGCUGUAUUAUUCAUAAGGCUGACUAGGCCGAAGCCUAGGGGCCCCACAGGGACUAGGGGCCCGUCAAUUUUUUUUGGCGGAGGCACCCCCCCACAUAAAUUACAUUUAAUUGAUUCUCUUAUAUAGCCUCUAGUAAUAAUUAACUGCUUCCUUAUUGAAGUGAAACAAAUGGUCUCUUAUAUGAAAACAAUUAUCCAUAAAUUAUAUACAUUUAAUAAAUAAUAAAAAUUUUAUUCACUUCAAAAUAUUACAGUAUUGAACAAUUAUACCCCCGAAAUGUGCUUUCCUGAAGAGUUCUACUCGUGCAAUAAAAAUAUUUUUAAAAUUGUGAAUAGAAUUCUUCAGGAGCCCCUCAAAAUGGAUAUAGGGGUAUGUACUGCGGUUUAGUACCUACAGUACCAGGAUGAGGCUGUCAGUUGUAGAGGGGUGAAAGACUGAAGUGCCAAAGGGCCCCCGAAAUACCUGAAAGCCUAGGGGCCCGGCCAGGGGUUAAUAUGGCCCUGACAGGACCCAACCAAGAGAUGCAAUAGAGUUUUGGGCCGAUCAGCACACACAGCUCCCUAACAUACACAUGCAAGGUUCUCCCAUCUUUAACUCUACAAAUCUGGUUUUACAAUUACUCUGACCUCCAGUGGCCAGACCAAGGAAGAACUCUGGGCCAAGCUACAAGUGACGAAUGACACUUGAACGGCAAGUGGAUUGAGUGGAGAGCAAGUGAACAGGGAGGAAUACACGUGAGUCUGUUCACUUGCCGUUCAAGUGUCAUUCGUCACUUGUAGCUUGGCCUUCUGUUGGCCCUUUUUGGAGUGGCUGUUUAGUUCCAUGUGGAACCUGACAGCGCUUUGCCCCCAUCCAGGCACCCCUCUCCUUGACUCAGACCAUCUGUGGGACCCUCCAGAGCAUGUCUCUUUCUGCCCGGGGCCUAGCCAAGCUCCUGAGUUAUGAUUCUAGCCCUAUGUAUAUAUAGUUGUAUAUAUAACUAUAUAGGAGUUAAGCAUACUUCUAGCAUAUCACUCACAAACCCAUUUUUUGACCCAGAAAACAUCUCACUAUUAGGGUUGCCAACACUGGCUUGGUAAAUUCCUGGAGAUUUGGGGGUGGAGCCUAGGGACAGCAGGUUUGGAGGAGGGGAGGGACUUCACCAUAGAAUCUACGCCGUAAAGAUGCCAUGUCUCCAGGGGAACUGGUCUGUGCAGUCUGUUUUUGUCGUGAUCCCCAAUCGCCAGACUCCGGCUGGAGUUGGCAACCCCACAUUAAAAUUCUGUGAAUGGCACGUCUGAGGACAACAGCGUCUAUGCUUAUAGCGGUCAACAGAUGUUAUUCCGGUAAAUCAUGAUGAUAAUAUAUCUGGCAUAUCCCCCUUCUCAUCAUUGCUCUAAUCUAAUUCUUGCCUGCUAGGUCUUUAGAAAAAUGAAAUGAAAUCCUGCCCUCGAGUCAUAGUUGACUUAGGGUGACCCCAGCGGGGUUUUCAUGGCCAGAGACUAACAGAGGUGGUUUGUCAUUGUCUGCCUCUACAACACUCAUCUUCGUUGGAGUCUCCCAUCCAAUUACUAACCGAGGCCGACCCCUCUUAGCUCCCGAGAUUUGGCGUGAUCAAGCUCUCCUGGGCUAUCCAGGUCAGGGAUCUUUAGAAUAAAAACAAUUAAAAUUCCUUCCCACACUUUCUAGAUCUUUCCCCCUAUUGCUGGCCCACUCAGUCAGCCUGCCCUGAGCCAAUGCAGGCUCAGGUGCUCACUUUCUCCAGUGCCUUGGGGACAGUAGGAACUGCAUGUGGAACAGGAAGGCAUGGGUUCAAGUCUCACCAUGAAGUUCUCUGGAUGUCCCGUUGUUAAAUCUGAACUGCUGUAUCUCUUAGGGAUGUUGUGAGACCUUGUCAGGGUCAAACAUGGAGACCGCCUUCAGCAUGAUAGAAAUAAAUGCGCGUGUGCAGACUCACACAUAUACAAAUAAAUAAUUACAAAUUAA